AUGGCUUCUUGGCAGUCCUUUUCGGUCCCGUCUUUUCGACUGACGCAACUUGCUCAAGAUGCAUACGAGUUGCCCCUACAAACGUUCGUCACCACUAAUGAUACGCAUCCUUCGAUAGCGCACCUAUGUCUCCUGGUGUUCGAAGCUGUACUAGAAGUAGUAUGUGUCAGUUUGCCUGGCUACAUCGUCGCGCGGCUCGGCCACUUCGAUGCUGAGAAGCAGAAGUUCUUGGCCAAUCUCAAUGUGAUGCUAUUCACGCCAUGCCUGAUCUUCACUAAGCUCGCCUCUCAGCUUACUGCAGAGAAACUUUCCGACCUCGCCAUUAUUCCCGUCAUUUUCAUCAUCCAGACAUUCGUAUCAUGGAUCGUAUCCUUCGUUGUCGCAAAGUUGUUCGGAUUCAACAGGCGAGCAUCCAAUUUUGUUACAGCAAUGGGUGUUUUCGGAAACUCAAACUCGCUGCCUAUCUCCCUCGUUCUCUCGCUCUCCCAAACACUGAAAGGCCUGCACUGGGAUAAGGUUCCUGGCGACAACGACGAUGAGGUUGGCGCGCGUGGUAUUCUCUAUCUCCUUAUCUUCCAGCAGCUCGGUCAGCUUGUCCGUUGGAGCUGGGGUUAUCAUGUCCUCCUUGCUCCUAAGGAAAAGUACCCCGAGUACCGGGAAGAGAUCGCCGAAGAAGGCCAGCGCUACCGUGACGAUGAAGAUCACGAAAAUGCGGCCUUGAUUGAUGGCCUUGAUGGCGAGACGGAGGAUGAGGGAGACCGCCUGAGUAUCGACUCGCAAAACUAUGAUCCCGCCGGUCGGACCCCUAUCGCGAGUACCUCCCGUGUCUCGCUUGCGGUUUCUAGCGACGACGAUAUGCCCAAGAAGUCUAUGCCAAAGAGCAAGCAGGGACAAACUGAUAUCACUGCUCCUCUUAAUGGUAAUGCGGGUAGCAUGGAUUCUUUCCCACCUGUCCCAUCGCUUGAGGAUGACGAGGAACCUGCCGGUAUCGCAGCGAGAACCAAGUCCGCUGUCAAAUCACCCUUCAUCCGUCUACACAGGGGGACAUCCAAAACACUUUGCAACUGGUACCAGAAGUCUCCUGCCCCUAUCAAGGCCACCUUGAGGUUUACUAAGCGUGCGGCUGGAAAGUUCAACAACUUCAUCUGGGAAUUCAUGAACCCUCCUCUUUGGGCUAUGCUGAUUGCCAUCCUUGUUGCUUCCAUCCCGUCGCUUCAGCGACUUUUCUUCGAAGAGGGUUCUUUCGUUCAGAACAGUGUGACCAACGCCAUUCGCUCAAGUGGAAAUGUCGCCGUUCCAUUGAUUUUGGUCGUUCUUGGUGCCAACCUGGCUCGUAACACCAUGGCCAAGGAUGAGGCACUGGACCCCGAGGAGGAGCGCAUCGGAACCAAGCUCUUAGUUGCCUCUCUGCUUUGUCGCAUGGUUCUGCCGACUGCUAUCAUGGCUCCCAUGCUUGCUCUCAUUGCCAAGUAUGUGAAUGUUAGCAUUCUCGAUGAUCCCAUUUUUGUCAUUGUUUGUUUCUUGCUCACUGGAGCACCCAGUGCGCUUCAACUUGCUCAGAUUUGCCAAAUCAACAACGUCUUUGAGAAGACCAUGGGCAGAAUCUUGUUCCAGAGCUAUGUCAUCUGGAUCCUUCCCUCAACCCUGAUCCUUGUUAUGAUGGCUCUCGAAGUCGUCGAAUGGGCUCGAUAA